AUGAGCGACGCGUUAACCAACACACUUAACCCAACGACUUCUUCAACGAUAACCAUUCGUAUCAUAAAAAAUUUUGAAUAUCGUACAAUCAAGAAUCUUGUUUUACAGCAUGUAAAUUUAGAAACAACUACUAUCAAAGAGCUAAAGGAACUCGUACGAGAAAGGAUAAAAACUACAUCUGGAUUAAAGGCUUUUCGUAAUGUGAAUUAUGACACGCUAAAACUUUACACAAAAGCGCAUGGAACUAAAACACAAAACUUGGCGAUAAACAUUGAUGAUGACACAAAUUCGAUUUUUUUAAAUGAAGAUGCAACCUUGAUUUCAUGUGGUAUCGGUAUGAUCGAUCUUUCACAUUUAUAUUCUUCGUUAAUUUUAAGUACGUAUGAAGCUUAUAAAAUACACCCGGACGUAAUUAAAUGGGAUUAG